AUGUCUGCAGUUCCUGGUCCCGUUUACGGCCUCGAGGUCCCGCCUGGCGAGAUCUUGAUUCCCGCCGCCAUGGAGUUUCCCGCUUCUGGCUCGUUUCUAGUCACUGGCGCAUCAUUUGCGACACCGCCCGUCUUGAUAACUGGAGCCCCGAAUUCUAACCAGAAAACUUUGCAGUUCCGCAUCACCAUGGCUGCCGUGGACCCCACCGAGGAGCCCGAGGCCGAUGGCGAGGGAAACAUCCCUACCGUCCCUCGCUCUACCCUGCGACUCGUCAAGCGUGCUCUCCCUGGCCUCGAUGAGGAUGAGGAUGAUGAGAUUGACGAUGAGUACAUGAAGGCUCUUCUCGCUGGUUCUGACGACGAGGAGGACUCCGAUGAGGAGGCCAACGGUGGCCCCAGCGACCCUGCCAAGGCCAAGAAGCAGCGACAGGCUGCUGCCAUUAAGAAGCUUCUCGAGUCCGCUCAAGAAGAGUCCGACGAGGAGAUGGAGGAUGCUAAGCCCAAUGGCAAGGCCAAGGGUAAGGCUAAGGCCACCGAGGAGUCCGACGAGGAUGAAGACUCCGACUCCGACGAUGACAGCGAGGAGGGUGCUGACCUUGAGAACUUUGUCAUCUGCACCCUCGACACCGAGAGGAACUACCAGCAGCCUCUCGACAUCACCGUCAACCACGGUGAGAAGGUCUUCUUUGUUGUCACUGGUUCCCACACUGUCUACCUGACCGGAAACUACAUCAUGGACGGUGAUGAGGAUGACGAGGACUCCGAGGACGAGGAUGAAUACGAUCUCUCUCCCGACGAGCUCGAGUACGGCCUCGAGGGUGAUGAUAGCGACGCCAGCGACGACCUUGAUGGACUUGAGGACCCCCGUGUCCAGGAGAUCGACACUGACGAGGAGGAGGCCCCCAAGCUCGUUGCUGCCAACAAGGGCAAGAACAAGCGCGCCGCUGAGGAGGCCGAGGGCCUUGACGAGCUUAUCACCAAGGAUGAUACUAAGCUCUCCAAGAAGCAACAGAAGAAGCUCAAGAACAACAAGGGCGAGGCUGUCGCUGCCGAAGAGAAGAAGGACGCUAAGAAGGUUCAGUUCGCCAAGAACCUUGAGCAGGGUCCUACCGGUUCUACUGAGAAGGCCAAGCAGAGCAAGGACUCCAAGCCUGCCACCGGUGUCAAGGUUGUCCAGGGCGUCACCAUUGACGACCGAACCAUUGGCAACGGCCGCACUGUCAAGAGCGGCGACACUGUCGGUGUCCGAUACAUUGGCAAGCUCCAGAACGGAAAGCAGUUUGAUGCCAACAAGAAGGGUAAGCCUUUCUCCUUCAAGGCUGGUAAGGGCCAGGUUAUCAAGGGCUGGGACAUUGGUGUCAUCGGCAUGGCCAUUGGUGGUGAGCGUCGUCUGACCAUCCCUGCCCACCUCGCCUACGGCUCCCGUGGCCUCCCUGGCAUUCCCGCCAACAGCACAUUGAUCUUCGAUGUCAAGCUUUUGGAGAUCAAGUGA